AUGCCUAUAAAAUCACGUAUUGAUUUGAAAAAACAAGAAGCUGAGAGACUUCAUGCUUUGGUGGUUGAACUGCUGCGUGAAGAUGAAAAUAAAUAUUGUGCAGAUUGUGAAGCAAAACAGCCACGUUGGGCGUCAUGGAAUUUGGGAGUGUUUUUGUGCAUUCGAUGUGCUGGUAUACAUCGUAAUCUUGGUGUUCAUUUAACUAAGAUUAAAUCUGUCAAUCUUGAUUCAUGGACUGCUGAGCAAGUGCAAAGCAUGCGUGUAAUGGGAAAUAAGCGAGCUAAACAAGUUUAUGAGGCUGAGUUACCUGAACAUUUUCGAAGACCUCAAACAGAUCAAGCCCUAGAAUCAUUCAUUCGAGCUAAAUAUGAGCAUAAAAGGUACAUCAUCUUUUUUUCAUCUUUUCUGAAUAAUGCUAAUUCACCUGGCAGUAUAGCACCUCAGAUCAUGCCUCCAGAAAAUGUGAUCGACAGUACUGUUUCUCAGCACAAUAAUGUAGCCAAUCUUUUGGAUUUUGAUAAUGAGCCGGUUCCUGUUGCUGCUUUGGGCAAAGAACAUAAUCUUGUGAGCAUUUUCUAA